AGCAAGAUGGUUGGAUCCAUGGGGCUCUAGGAAGGGGCUGAGGGUGACCUGCGGGGCAGGCAUGCUGUGAGAACAGUCAUACCGUCCCCUCCAGGUGGCCAGCCACCCAGACCUGGGAUUAGGGGACAGGCCAGGCUGUCUUUCCUCCAAUGGGAGGCAGCCCAUUGUCCUUUGCAGGCACCUCACAGGAAGCAAGCAGCACCCCCUGUGAGCACAGGAGACACAGCCCUGCCAGGGGGAAGGCAGCCCCUCCCUGCUGGGGUGCCCUGAGCCGGCGGGUCCCUCCGGGCUUCCCUGGCCCCUGGCUCUGCGGGCAGUCAGAAGUGGGAGCUGCAGCCCGGGACUGAAGAGGUUAAUGUUCAUCUGCCUCCGAAUGUUAAUGUGUUUAGGUGAUGUCAGUGGGAACCGGGAAGGAGGGAGUGGGAAGAGCAGUGGGGCUUAGAGGCAGCUGAGGCUGCAGGCUGCCCGGAAGACCCCCUUCGGGACUGCGGGCUCGCGCUCCAGGACGGGACUCCGGGCGCGGGAGGCUGCCGCAGCCUGCGUGGGCGGCCGGGCCGGCGGGCGACAGGCACCGCAGGAUGGACCUGGAAGCCUUGCUGCUGACCACUGCCCCCAAUGCCAGCAACACCUCGGCCGGCCGGGACAACCUCACCUCCGCAGGGCCGCCUCCUCGCAGAGGGAGUGUCUCUUAUGUCAACAUCAUCAUGCCCUCGGUGUUUGGCACCAUCUGCCUCCUGGGCAUCGUGGGGAACUCCAUGGUCAUCUUCGCGGUGGUGAAGAAGUCCAAGCUGCACUGGUGCAGCAACGUCCCCGACAUCUUCAUCAUCAACCUCUCGGUGGUGGACCUCCUCUUCCUCCUGGGCAUGCCCUUCAUGAUCCACCAGCUCAUGGGCAACGGGGUCUGGCACUUUGGAGAGACCAUGUGCACCCUCAUCACGGCCAUGGACGCCAACAGUCAGUUCACCAGCACCUACAUCCUGACCGCCAUGGCCAUCGACCGCUACCUGGCCACUGUCCACCCCAUCUCCUCCACCAAGUUCCGGAAGCCUUCUGUGGCCACCCUGGUCAUCUGCCUCCUGUGGGCCCUCUCCUUCAUCAGCAUCACCCCUGUGUGGCUCUAUGCCAGGCUCAUCCCCUUCCCAGGGGGCACGGUGGGCUGUGGCAUCCGCCUGCCCAACCCGGACACUGACCUCUACUGGUUCACCUUGUACCAGUUCUUCCUGGCCUUUGCCUUGCCCUUUGUGGUCAUCACGGCUGCAUACGUGAGGAUUCUGCAGCGUAUGACGUCCUCCGUGGCUCCCGCCUCUCAACGCAGCAUCCGGCUGCGGACGAAGAAGGUGACCCGCACGGCCAUUGCCAUAUGCUUGGUCUUCUUUAUAUGCUGGGCACCCUACUACGUGCUACAGCUGACCCAGCUGUCCAUCAGCCGCCCGACGCUCACCUUUGUCUACCUGUACAACGCGGCCAUCAGCUUGGGCUAUGCCAACAGCUGCCUCAAUCCCUUUGUGUACAUCGUGCUCUGCGAGACGUUCCGCAAACGCUUGGUCCUGUCGGUAAAGCCUGCGGCCCAGGGGCAGCUUCGAGCCGUCAGCAACGAUGAAGAGAGGACAGAAAGCAAAGGCACCUGACACUUCCCCUGCCACCCUGGGCACCUCCAAGUCAGGACACCGCAGCAGGCCCUGGGGAGAGAGACUGAUGAAAACCCAAGACCGCUCUGAGAGAAUGCAGGGAGGCUGGGCGGGGAGGGGGUUGCUGCUACCAAACACCUUCCACGGGGCCCCCCAAAUUGCUGGGAAGGCUCCAAGCCAGGUCGGGGGCUUCAAGCAUCAGAAAUCCCCUUGGGAGAGCAGGAUGGAAGCUUGGGGU